AUGCCUUUCAAGAUCGGCAAACCGCGCAAACGAAGGCCUCGAAGCGGACCGCCAGCCGACAGGUCAAAGACGAAAAAGCGCGGUACGAGCGAUGCCGUCGUCGCCGGUGGGGCCUGUGUGCUGUUCGGGGCCGAGGUCUACUUACUCGUGAAGGACGAGCACAACGCCCACUACUUUGCAUCGGAGGAACAGUGGAUCGGCGCCCCCGAGGAUGUGGGAGCCGUGCGCGUCGAAGCACCCGGACGCAAGGUCCAUCGAGUCCGAGAAGACCUGUCAGUUGUGCAGACCGGUUCUGAUGACCCUGAAGACAUCUCUUCUGAAGGCUCUGAUAGUACGACUGCUGCAAGUCCUCUCUGCGCCACCUCCAAGGGCCGAGACCUACAAAGCGGGUACUCGGGAUUCGUCGAUUGCCUGAAAAAGGUGCAACGAGCACUGGGCACCCUGCGACGCCCCGACGUUGACCACGAUGAUGCGGACUUUGAGAUAGACGCCGCCCUGGGUCCGGAGGGCGACACGAUACGGGGACCAUAG